UUUGACUUUGUCAUUACAUUUUGUCAUCACGACAUUUUCUGUAGAUUUGCAAUUUGUAUUUCAAGAAUAUUCAAAACAACGUGGUAUUAAAGUUAUUUUUAUAUUCUUCUAUUAAAAAGAUAUAAAUUCAUUAUUAAAAUGCCUAAGCCUGUUAAAUUACAUAGUAAAGGUAAACCUAAUAGUAUACAAAAAGCAAACAAAUUAGAUAAAGACAAUGACAACAAGGAUCCUGAGGAAGCGACGAGGGAGUUUCAACUUCAAUUAUGCUGGUGUAUACAACAGCUUGAAAGAUCGUUACAUGAGAAAAAAGGCAACGAGAAACAGUUACAAGAAGCAUGGAAGGUGUUAACAAUUCUAAAAAAUAACAAUCAACCUAUUAUAAGGAAGAGACAAUUAAUGCGAACUCAUUUCGGUGACUAUAGAGCUAAAAUGGCAGCCGAAGAGAAGAAAUUAAUAAAAAGUAUGUCCAGUACAUUACAAUGUAGCACAAAUGACAGUUCAUUAAAUAGAUAAUAAAUAAUACAAUAAUAGAUAAAGAAAUUCUACAAAAUGAUAGCAAUAGGUGAUUACAUUUUUAUUUACUAAAUUAUUAUAACACUAGCUGAAACUGGUCUGUGUAGCGUU